AUGAAAACGGACAAUAAAAACGACAGUAAAAAAACUUUGUCGAGAAGAAAACGCUAUCUUGUUUUUCCCGAAGGAAGUUCUCUACAACUAGUGUACUGUCUAACAAUACCGUCGGUGGGAAUGGGCCAAAUAUUUACUUUGGGAGCCACUGCCGCGCUUGCCUGGGAACUACCCCACGAUCCCAUGGCCCCCUUCAGAAAACCUGCCGAAGUUCUGCACAGGAUUGACAAAGAUGGAGACCAUUCGUCCGGUGGGUGGAGUAUUAAGAAAGAAAAGCCAACGUCAUUAAUCACCCCUUCGUUUAAUAACGGUUACAGUACACUGAAUUCGUUGUUCAAGCAGACUAUUUACAAUACUAUUAAUAAAGGAUACAGUCAAAAGCAGAGCUACAACACUAUUGAAAACAGCAAAAAGCAAUCUUAUAAGACUGCAAAUAGAACCAAACCAAGACUGGAUCACCCUGAUGAGGACAUUUAUGAUAAAACCGCCUCAAGUAGUAAAAACUGUCUUGGAAUUCCCUUGGAUUUAAAGCUUGAGACCGCAAUCAUUGGUCUGUUUAUAAAGGGAAAUUACCCAAUGCCUCAAAACGCAUCAGUUUACGAAAGUGGCAGUGUUAUAUAUGAAAGGAGAAAAAGGUCUUUGUCCAGAUGGGAUAUCUAUAAGAUGCUCUCACAAGAAGCCGAGCUGCGAGGCCAUAAUGGUAAAUCCUGUGUUUUGAAAGCAAUUUGUGAAGCUGCUGAUACGCCAGUAGAUCAGGAAUAUGGUUUAUUUGAAGAAUUAUUUCACUCAACUUUUACAUGGCACUUUUAUGGGGAAACUUUUGCGGGUAAUAUGGAAUAG